GCUAAAAAUAAUUCGCCAUGUGCAUCACACGUCAGUCCGCCGCACCAGCGCUGCACGAUGGCUGGAGUUGAAGAGCUAGCGAUUCUUAUUCUGUCUGUUUUGUAUUUGACAUUUGUGAAUGGUACCGAUGAUAUCUUGGUAGGCUGUGGGGGGUUUGUCAAGUCAGAUGUGGAAAUUAAUUACUCUGUCAUUGAGAUAAAGUUGUACACUAAGCAGGGCUCUCUGAAAUAUCAGACUGAAUGUGCUCCAAUCAAUGGUUACUUCAUGAUCCCUCUCUAUGACAAGGGUGAUUUUGUUAUAAAGAUAGAACCACCAUCAGGAUGGAGCUUUGAACCAACGACUGUGGACCUACAUGUGGAUGGAAUUACUGACAUCUGCACUAAAGAACAAGACAUCAACUUCGUCUUUACAGGGUUUUCAGUCCUGGGAACUGUCUUGAGUAAAGGGCAUUUGUUGGGGCCUGCAGGGGUUGAAGUAAGUUUGAGGAAAGCAGGAGAAGAUGAUGUUCUUCAGAGUGUCCUGACACAAGCUGGAGGACAGUAUACUUUCCUCAAGGUGCUUCCAGGAAACUAUGACAUCACCGCCUCUCAUGUCUCAUGGACCCUUGAGCAGAGCUCCACCACUGUGGUUGUGUCAAAUGAAAACGCCCCCGCCGCAGCUCCUCUUGUGGUAAAGGGCUACGAUGUCUCUGGAGAGGUGCAAAGCGACGGUGAACCAAUGAAAGGAGUCAGUUUCCUGCUUUACUCUGCCAGUGUAACACAGAAGGAUAUCAGUGGCUGCAGUGUGGCUCCUGUGGAUGGGGCGGUAGUCGGCGACCCCUCCCUUGUGUAUCUGUGCAGCUCCCAGUCUCGUGAGGACGGCACUUUCUCCUUUCCCUGCCUUCCCAGUGGGGAAUACACUGUGGUCCCAUAUUACAGAGGGGAGAGAAUUACUUUUGAUGUUGCUCCUUCUCGUAUGGAUUUCAAAGUAGAACACAACAGUUUAAUGUUGGAGCCAAUAUUCCGGGUCAUGGGAUUCUCUGUGAUGGGCAGAGUUCUGAAUAGCCCUGAUGGAGAGGGUGUUGCAGAUGCUGUAGUCACGCUUAACAACCAAAUUAAAGUGGAAACUAAAGAAGAUGGUUCAUUCCGGUUGGAGAAUAUGACCACAGGCACUUACACCAUCAGCACACACAAGGAGCUGAUGUUCUUUGAGCCAGUCACAGUGAAGAUUGCUCCCAGCACCCCUCAGCUGCCAGACAUCAUCACUGCAGGGUUCAGCGUGUGUGGUCACAUCUUAGUCACCCGUCUUCCUGAGACUGUGAAACAGCUUGGCCACUACAAAGUUACUCUCUCGUCCCAGAGACAGGAUCAGGGCUUUUUUCGCGCUGUGGAAAGUGACAGUCAUGGAGCGUUCUGCUUUCAAGUUAAACCGGGAGACUACAUCGUGCAGGUGACCCUCCCUGAAAGUGACGUAAAAGCUGGGCUCGCUCUUCAGCCAUACUCUCUCGAUAUUUCACUGGUGGACCAUCCCAUCACCGACCUUCUCUUCACUCAGUUCAUAGCAUCUGUCUCUGGCUCUGUGUCCUGUCUUGUGGCAUGUGGAGAUCUGACCGUCACCCUUCAGCCUGUGAGCAGACAGGGAGAGAGGCAGAACCUCCAGCUGUCCGGCAGCAGUGAAACACUCAGCUUCACUUUCAAUAACGUGUUACCCGGCAAGUACAAAGUGUCCAUCACCCAAGAAGAGUGGUGCUGGAAGCAUAAGUCAGUGGAGAUCGAUGUACUCGACUCAUAUGUAGAAGGAGUGGAGUUCAGACAAACUGGAUACUUGCUGCGCUGCUCACUGUCCCAUGCCAUUACUUUGGAAUUCUUCCAAGAUGGCAGCUCACCAGAGAACGUUGGCAUUUACAACCUAUCCAAAGGAGUCAAUCGCUUCUGUCUGUCCAAACCAGGUGUUUAUAAAGUGACUCCACGUUCCUGUCACCAGUUUGAACAGGAUUACUACACCUACAACACGUCUGCCCCAAGCAUCCUAACCCUGACUGCUGUGCGACACCACAUGACGGGACUCAUCACCACUGAUAAGAUGCUGGACGUCACAGUCACCAUCAAGUCUUCCAUUGAGAGUGAGCCUGCUUUAGUUCUGGGGCCGCUGCGCUCAAGCGAGGAAGAGCGAAGAGAGCAGCAGCUUCUGGAAAUAGCCGCCCGCAGGAAGGAGAGGGAAGAAAGAGGAGAGGAGAAGAGCCUUCCUGUGGAAGAGAAACCAGAUGAACUCCAUGAGCCAUUCCACUAUGAAUUCUCCUAUUGGGCACGGGCUGGUGAGAAGAUCACAGUCACACCUUCAUCCAAAGAAUUUCUGUUUUACCCUCCUGAAGUAGAGGCUACGAUCACUGGAGAGAAUUGUCCAGGUCAGAUGGUGGAGAUUGCAGGCAGGGCAGGGCUGUUCCUCAUGGGGCAGGUGUCGCCUACACUGGAGGGUGUGGAAAUCUCCAUUAAGGAGAGUGGAGCUACAAACCCUCUCAUUACAGUUCUCACAGAUGAAACCGGAACCUACAGUGUUGGACCCCUACAUAGUGACUCUCUGUAUGACAUCAGUGCCAGUAAAGAGGGCUUUGUCCUGACUCCAGUGGAGGGAAAGACGGGAGACUUCAAAGCGUUUGCCUUGGCUGGCGUCACUUUUGAGAUAAAGGCAGAGGAUGGUGUUCCUCUCUCGGGGGUUCUGCUGUCUCUCAGUGGAGCCAGCUUCCGCUCGAACUUACUCACUCAGGACACUGGCCUCCUCACCUUCAACAACCUGAGUCCUGGCCAGUACUAUUUCAAGCCCAUGAUGAAGGAGUUUCGCUUUGAGCCCUCGUCACAAAUGAUCACAGUAGAGGAAGGACAGGUCCUCCAUAUUCCCAUCACCGGCUUCAAAACAGCAUACAGCUGCUAUGGAACAGUGCAGUCAAUAGGUGGCGAUGCGGAGCAGGGUGUUGCCGUGGAGGCGGUGGGGCAGGGAGAGUGCGGCAUGUACAGCGAGGACACGGUUACUGACGAAGAGGGGCGCUUUAGACUCCGAGGAUUGCUGGUGAGACUUAACUAGACCUGGUGUAACUACAACAUUCAGCUGAGAGGAGAAGGAAAUGAUCACAUAGAGAGAGCAUUGCCGCCACACAAAACCAUUGAGGUGGGCAACACUGAUAUUGAAGGAAUAAACAUAAUCGCCUUUAGACAGAUCAAUCAGUUUGAUCUGAGCGGCAACGUCAUCACUUCCCCCGAUCAUCUCCCCACUCUCUGGGUGAAGCUCUACAAGAGUGACAAUCUUGACAAUCCCUUCCAGACUGUGUCUCUUGGCCAGUCCCUGUUCUUCCACUUUGCCCCCCUGCCACGUGACGGAGAGAGCUAUGUGUUGAUGCUGGGCACGUCACUUUCUCAAUCCCAGUAUGACAUCAAACUCCCACAGGUCUCUUUCACGUCCUCUGGUUACCACAAACAUGUAACACUAACCUUUAACCCUAAGAGGAAAGUACCAGAUCAAGAUGUUUCCCAGGGAUCUUUCAUCGCCCUUCCUCUCACUUUACUGCUGUUGCUCGCCGCCUAUAAUCAUGAGCGGGUGAUCCCACUCCUCCUGCAGCUGGUCAACCAGAUCCAGGGUGUUCGAGGACUCGCUCAGUCAAGCGGGGAUGGAAUCCCUGUGGAUGAAGCCAAGCGCCAGUCGAAGAGGCCAAAGACGAGACGUACAUGAAGGCCAAGCCAUCGCUGCGUUCAGAUCUCACAGGCAUCAGACAACACACAAGACCAUGUUGGUCUGAUCAUGAAAACACCGCCAAAGUUUUUUUGGACAUCUUUUAUUUUGUUUUGCUGAAUCUCUGAGGGUUCUUUGCCUGUGGUGUCCUGCUCACACACAUCCCUAUAAUUUACAGUCCCUAGUAUGUGAAUGUGGCUCAGAGAUUGUGUAUUUAUGUCUGUGAGAUUGCUCAGGGAGGACGGCUGAUCUACAAAUGUGUGUGUUUUUGUUUUUCAUUAGUUUAAAGAGUAAUAAUUCAAGGAAUUGAUUGUUUGAUGAGUCCAGUAGUGCCCUGAAUGACUAGAGUUUAUGAAUCCCACACACCCAUAAAUUUAUCAGUUCAGUUUUUUAGAACUUCACUAGAAUUUGUAGAAUUGUGUUGUGAUUUGCAAACUCAAACACCCCUAUAUUUUAAAAUAGAGAUUUGUUUAAUAAACAUUGGUAUUGUUUUCACAAAAAAAAUCAUUUUAUAUGAUUUUUGUUUCCUUCAUUUGUUUAAAUGCAUUAAGACAUAUCCAGAAGUUUAAAAAAAAAAAUUUUUUUUCAAUUCCUUAAACUUAAUUGACUUGCUGCUACCGUUUAAUGGAUUUAGUACAUAUUCAUUCCACUUCAUUAAAAGGUAAAUUAUGUGAUAAUGUGUCUGGUUAUAGAGAACAAUAAUAAUAAAGUGUUUUUGGAAACUA